GCACGCACUUUAUUCUCGUGUUUGCGGAAGUGCGUGCACGAGUCUCACAGGUUGACCAGUGUGGAGUUGUUUAGUUUCAGUGAGGGUCUCUGCUCAUCUGUGAGGAAGGGGAAUCAUCUCAGUGCGAAUAAGAAGAAGAGUACAUGUAUGUGUGAGCCUCCUCUGUGUGGUGACUCCUAACACCAGGACCCGGUGUCUGUGAGCAUGGCCCGGCCUCUGCAGCUCCUCUCCCUGCUCUCCAGGCUCGGUGCUCGGUCACUGACUCCCCCUGACAGCUGCAGGUUCUCCAGCAGAGGCGUCGCUCCGUGGAUGGGACAGAGCCGUGUCCGCAGAGACAGAGCUGCGGGACACAGCGAGGACAUGUCCGAGGAGGAGGGGGGAGGAUGUCUGGAGGAUGUGGAGGACAAGCUCCAGACCUUGAUGGAUGAAGGGAGGAAGAGGCAGAGGACAGUGAAGUAUCACAUACUGAGGAGGCAGAUGACUCCACCUGGAGCUCCACAGAGGAAGCUGACCUGGGAGGCUAUAGAGCAGAUCAGAUACCUGAAGCAAGAGCAGCCAGAGGAGUGGACAGUAGAGCGUCUAGCUGAGGGCUUCUCUGUUGCCCCGGAUGUCAUCCUGAGGGUCCUCAGGAGCAAGUUUGUUCCUGCGCCUGUAAGAAAAUCAAAGCAGGACACUAAAGUAAUGGCUGCACUGAGUCAGCAGGUGCUGCCUUCAGGUGCAGGGCAGGACAGACCAAAACUGCCUGGGAACAAGGCAGCGGCCAUACUCCCACCUGGAAGCAGAGAAAGUGCGUUAAUCUCUGCCGCUGACCGGAUCAUGAUCUCAGGAGCCCUGGCCAAGAGUCCAGCCCUAGUUACUGUUCUGCCCACCAGGCUCCCAGCUGGCAUCAGUAAAGAUGUCUUAGAGACGAGAUCAACAGAGGAAGACAGGCCCAGCAGCACUAAUCCAACGGAGGAGGACACAGAGGAAGAGGACAGCUGGGACGGCUGGGUUUUGACAGAAGAACAGCUGGAAGAGUUUAUGGAGAUGGAGAAGCCUUCUCCUGUGGUGCAAGUUGGGAAUGAUUUCUUUGAUGCAGAGGGAAACUUUAUGUAUAGAAUAUGAGGACUUCCUGUUGAACCUUUGGCUGUCGUCAUGGAAAUAUUAUUCCACCAAUAAUAAUCAACUCAGUGACUUCUGGAAUAGAUCUCUACUGUACAGGCAAAAUAAAAGUCUAAAUUCAUAUUUUUCUGUUCAAAAGUUAUAUUAAACAAUAUCUUCUUUUGAUAA